UGAAAUCCAGUUAAGAUCUUCAUGUGGAGGGACUGUCCUUUUCAAGUGGGGAAUUGUACAAGAAGUAGAUCGGAACUUGACAGCUAUCUUGUUGCGUCUCAAGGCUUUCUUACGCAAGAAAGGAUGAAAAUUAUCAACUCCUUCGUGUCGGAGGCAGACUAAUGAAUGCCCCAAUUCCUUACGAGGCUAAACAUCCAGUGAUCCUACCUAACAAUCAUCACGUCACCCAGCUGAUUAUUCGUCACUACCAUCUUCGUUUGGGUAAUGCGGGUCCAGAACGAGUUCUUACAGAAAUUCGUCAAAGUUUCUGGAUUCUAAAGGGACGUGCUGUCAUUACCCAAACUCUCAAGUCAUGCCUACAGUGUCGCAAGUUAAGAGCUAGGCCGCAAGCCCAGCAAAUGGCAGACUUACCUGACUCUAGAGUUACUCCGUGUGAGCCUCCAUUCACUCGAGUGGGCAUAGACUACUUCGGACCAUUCUUGAUUAAGAAGGCACGCAGUGAACAAAAGAGGUAUGGAUGUUUGUUUACAUGUCUCACUACGAGAGCUAUUCAUCUCGAAGUCGCACACACCCUCGAUACUGAUUCCUUUAUCAAUGCAUUACAACGAUUCAUCGCUAGGAGAGGCCCACCUUCUGAAAUACGGUCAGAUAACGGAACUAAUUUCGUUGGUGGAUUACGAGAGUUACGGAAAGCCAUCAGUGAAUGGAAUCAACAAAAGAUUUCUGAUUACCUGCUGCAGAACAAUGUAAAAUGGAUCUUCAAUCCACCCGCUGCCUCCCAUAUGGGUGGUGUUUGGGAGCGACAAAUUCGCACCGUUUGUUCCAUUCUAAACACUGUCCUAUUGCAGCAGGCACCAGAUGACGAGGGUCUGACAACACUGUUUUGUUGCGUUGAGUCUAUUGUGAAUGGUAGACCAAUCACUAAACUCUCAGAUGACCCAUCAGAUCCUCUACCACUCACCCCAAAUCAUCUGAUGUUACUCCGUUCAGGUCCAACUCUACCCCCAGGAGCCUUCGUAAAACAAGAUGUUUACCGACGCAGAUGGUGCCAGGUCCAGUAUCUGGCAAAUAUCUUCUUGUCGAGAUGGAUUAAAGAAUAUUUGCCCGCACUGCAGCAACGCCAAAAAUGGCUACAACCAAAGCGGAAUCUUCAAGUAGGAGAUCUUGUGAUAAUUCUGCAUGAAAAUGCACCACGCAAUCACUGGCCACUAGGUCUGAUUACUCGAGUUUAUCCAGGUACAGAUGGACUUGUGCGUACUGUGGAAGUGAAAACACAGGCAGGAGUCUUCAGUCGUCCUGUGGAUAAAAUCUGCCUCCUGGAAGCCAGUUUUAUCAGUUGAGCUAGUUUAGUUGAGGCAUCACCUUUACUUUCUUUGAAUGACCUGUUUGGGUCAUUGGGGGCCGGGAUGUUAGGUGCUGCCCCUUUAAGAACGUUGUCACAGUGGCUCAUGUUAUGGCUGACGGAAAGUGCACAGUGGAAAGAGGGCUGACAGAGAAAGCCAUGUUGUUCUCAUUUUCAAGAUUGCUGAACUUCUAUAAUAAUUCCA